AUGUCAAUAACAAAAUAAGAAUCAAUUGCGACAUUCUAUUCACCUAAAUUUGAAUAAUAGUGUUACCUUUGCCAACAUGGAUUACAUGGCGCAGAACAAUAGGCUCAUUCGAGUGGAAUCAUUGUAGGAGAACCAUAAGUUGUCUACUCAACCCCUGAGGUUAUAGUUUCUCAAACUGUAGGACAACCAAUACCAGUAAAAAGAGGAUUCACUUAAAACAACCAAAACAACAUUUAAAACACUACUCAAUAGAUUGAAAUUUUACAACCAAACCAAAUGCAAUAUAAUUCACAACUCAUUUAAACUCAACAAAUUUAACACAACCAACUUAAGCCCAUUGAGUAUAACAACAGAAUAACAUAAUAAAUACCUAUAGAGCAAAAAGUCAUUGAUAAAGCAACAAUUAAUAAAUCACAAUAAAUUUCGACUUUUUAUUCCGGAAAAUAUGAAGAGUAAUGCUAUCUCUGUUAACAUGGUUUGCAUGGCAAAGAAGUAGUGACCACACAAAAUAAUGUUGUUUAUUAAGCACCAGAGGUAGUCAUGUCCUAAACUGUUGGCUAACCCUUGACUGCAAGAAAUACCACAACUGUACAAAACUUUUCUUAAAUCAUUAAUACUCCUCCUAGAAAUGAGUACUUAUAUUCUCAAUAGAUUCAACAAUCACCAAUUUAAAAUAUUCAAUUAAGUGUGCCAUAAGCCUAAUAAAUAAUAUCUAACACUACUUAACAAUUAUAAUAGUCUCCUGUACAAAAUUUAUAAAUCAGUGCUCAGUAACCACAAAUCAUUCCUUAAGUGUCAUAAUAAAAUUAUGUUUUCCAAUAGAUACCCCAAGUGUAAAAUUACCAAGUGAUUACAAGCCCUUAAUAAAUUGUAUAGGAGUCUGUAACAACUAUUCAAGAAUAGUAAUUAAGCCCAUAAGAAUAAGUUGAAAACUAUUGGAGAUACAAAGUGUAUGAACUUCAAGAGAGAGUCUAUGAAUUAAUGAAUUAGAUAAGCCUUCAAAAAUAAGGAAGCCUUUAACAUCAACGAACUGGGUCUUAAGUUAAGAAAAGCACAGAAGAUUCAUUCAAAGUUGAAUAAGCUAAAUAAGAGAUUUUGUAAUUAGAAAACUAACUCAAAAUCAAACAAAAAUCAAGUAUAGAUAUAAGAAAUAAACUUAAUUUGAUGAUCUACAGAUAAGACCCCACUGACGAAGCCACUAAAUAUAAAGAAUAAGAACUGUAAUAAUUAAGACAAAAAUAUAAUACUUUGAACUUUAAACAUUAGAGUAAUAUGGAAGACAUUGCCAUGACUUAAGCCAUUAUAGAAGCCAUCAAAAGUGGAAAGGGGUAUAAAUUGGUUUCUGUGAGGGAAUAACAAUAAACAUCAUCGUAUAAUUAAUCGUAAUAGUACCAAGGGUAACAAUAAUAUAAUUAAGUAAAAUGA